AUGCCGCCUGCGAAGCUCAACCAAGUCUCUUCGGCAGGGAUAACAGUCGACGCCGUGACUGGUGAACACUACAUUCCCUCGUCCCUCCGCGCAGAUGGCUCCAAACGUCGUGAGAUCCGUGUCCGACCCGGCUACAGACCCCCUGAGGACGUCGAAAUAUACAGGACCCGCGCAGCAGAGGCAUGGAAAAACAGAGCCAAGGCUGGAGUCCCCGGAGCAGAAGGCUUGACCAACGACGACGAGCGAACCGGGAAAGGCGGCAGCAGCAGCACAACCAGCAACAACAAAAACGCGAAACGAAGGGAAGCAAGGAGGAAAGCAAAGGCUACAGAUGCAGAUGCAGGCGAAACAACAAAUACAAACAGAGAAGCACGAGCGACGAAGAACGAGAGAGACGUCAAGGCAAUCGACAACUGGCGCUCUUUUGCUGCCAACGGUGACGGCAACAAUAAUAAAAAGAAGUCCGAGAACCAGCCGCAGCCGACAGAAAAGCAAGAAGAACCUGUAGACCUGGAGGCCGAAAAGGAAAAGAAAGCGCGCAAUCUGAAGAAGAAACUGAGGCAGGCGCGCGAACUAAGUGACAAGAAGGACAAGGGCGAGUCGCUUCUCCCCGAGCAGCUGGAGAAGGUUAUCAAGAUUCAGGAGCUGAUUCGGCAACUUGAGUCGUUGGGGUUCGAUUCAAACGGGGAAAAGAAGGCGCCUACUGAAGAAAACGAGAAGGCAAAGGCUUGA